AGGUCUGAAAGCUAGAACUGGUGGCUGAUAUGUUAUUAAUAAGAGGAAUCACCAGGUUUAGAAAAGUCAUUCUUGGAGGAGGUCAAAGAAGGGUCAUUUUUAACACACCUUACCUAAUAGGCAAGGGGGCCAGCAGCUGCAAUCACCAAAAUGCCUCUAGUUUUAGUGGCGUUAUGGAGUCACACUUUAAUUACUUCCAAAUUGGCAGAGCACUUGGCACUGUUGAGUGUGCCAGGGCUCUUGGGGGCUGUGCCAGUCUGAAGGACAAUGCCCAGGGCAGUGGAGCCCUCAACAUUUGUAGCCUUAGAUGUUUGUGGAGAUCGCAACAUGGGCUAGAACACCGUCCAGUUCAACAGCACGUUCAUGAACGGAUCUGUUUAUUCCACCAAGAUCACAGAUUGUACAGUGGACUAAAACAGGAAGAGGUCGACCCAGCCAAAAACGCCCCAAAAAAUGAUUCCAAGAAACAUAAGCAAAUGGGGGACAGCAGCUGCAAUCACCAAAAUGCCUCUAGUUUUAGUGGCGUUAUGGAGUCACACUUUAAUUACUUCCAAAUUGGCAGAGCACUGGGCACUGUUGAGUGUGCCAGGGCUCUUGGGGGCUGUGCCAGUCUGAAGGACAAUGUCCAGGGCAGUGGAGCCCUCAACAUUUACAGCCCUAGAUGUUGGUGGAGAUCGCAGCAUGGGCUAGAACACCUUCCAGUUUAUCCAUCCAUCUACUGGAUGAGUAGAUGGAUGGAUAAAUGGAUGGAUGGAUAGACAGACAGAUGAGCAGAUGGAUGGAUAGAUAGAUGGAUAAAUGGAUGGAUGGACGAGUAGAUAGAUGGAUGGAAGGACAGAUGGAUAAAUGGAUAGAUAGAUAGAUAGAUAGAUAGAUAGAUAGAUAGAUAGAUAGAUAGAUAGAUAGAUGGAUGGAUGGAUGGAUGGAUGGAUAAAUUGAUGGAUGAACAGAUAGAUGAUAAAUGGAUGGAUAGAUAGACAUACAGAUGAGUGGAUGGAUGGAUGAGUAGAUAGAUGAUGGAUGGAUAAAUUGAUGGAUGGAAGGACGGACAGACAGACAGAUAGAGAGAUGGAUAGACAGACAGAUAGAUGGAUGGAUGAGUAGAUAGAAAGAUGGAUGGAUGGAUGGAUGGAUAGAUAGAUGGAUGGACAGACAGAGAUCGAUAGAUGGAUCGAUGGAUGGAUGGAUAGCUUUUGGAUUAGGCAUUGGAACCAUUGCUGAAGUGGGAAAGAAAAGUCUUAAAUCUGAUGAUAAAACAGGUGGGAAAACAUGUGUUUGAAGCAGUGGUGUGAGAAAUUCAUUUUGUUCAGCAGAACUCCCAUGAUGGUUUACUUGAAGAAGCUACUGAGACUUUAUGUAAUGAUUUAAUCUUUUAAUAAAUAUAAUACAUAUAUUUACACAUUUGUGUGUAUAAUGUCAAAGGAAAGUGUUAUAUUUUGAUUUGUUUACACAUUUUAUAUAAAAAAAAAACCUAUUUAAUGUUUUGCGCAAGGCAAUUAAGCUGUAUAAAAGCAUCUCUUGAUACUGAUAUAAGCUUGAAAUUCAAGUGAAGAAGGUAAUGUCUGGUUACCUUUUAAGGUGCACUAAAAUCAUUGUCACGUUUUGCACACACAGAGCAAUCAUUGCUAAUGUUUACACUCUGUGGUGCAGAACUAUUUUUAUGGCUUGCGUUACCCUUGACAUUUACCUUUAUUCCUGUUAAGUAUGUGACAGUGUAAAAGACACAAAUGUCAUUCUGCAAUAUCAUUACAACCCUUCCCCCAAUACAGUGCAGGGUUGUGUAUGUUGCCGGGCUGCAUUCUGUAGCUUAACACUUGAAAAUAGAUAAUUAGAUCCAGUUAGAAAGCCGAUAAGAUCACGUUUAGUCCCCUUAAGGGGGUUCAGUGGAAAGGAGGAGGCGAGAACCGGCUUGACAACUUAAAUAAUAAUUUAAUAAACAACUUAAACACACAACCAAAAACACACAGUACAGCUGCCUGUAAUUCUCUCUCUCUCUUGAACUGUCGUCCCUGGCCGCCUUUAUCCCUCGCGCACCCCAUCAGGCUGAUUGGGGACCGGGUGUGUCUCAUUCCAGCCCGGCCCCGCCCUCCUCGGCUCUACAGUCCCUUUUAAUGUUUGUUGUAUUUCUAAAGGGCAAUAAUAUAUUAUAUUCCAUGUCAUUUGAGGUGAACGACAGAGCAAUGCUCUGUUUGUGAUAUGUCACUGACCAAAAUAAGCAUCCAACACACCAGCUGGCCACAAUAACCAUGUAAAGCUUGCUAAUGCCUUCCAUGCUGCAAAAGUCAUUGACGUACUGUACAUAGAAGUGGGCUUACCAGUUUAUGCAUUCCCACAUUUAUCCAUGAUAAUUUCCUUCUUUUCUUGUCCAUAGAUGACACGUUCAUAAACCCCCAGCUUGCAAAGAUCUUUGACCGUGUUCAACAGAAUGCUGACUUCAUGCCCUCCAAGCAAUUUAUUUGUCUAGACUCAAAUGUGAGAGUUGAUAAAAACACAAAAACAGCUUCUACAUCUUAAAGUCAACUUUAAAAUAUGUAUACAACUAGAACAGAAAACUAGAAAGGAAUUUAACAAUUAGCAGUUCCAUUAAUGAUUCUUUUACUUCUACUGAGCGUUGAAAACUGUCGUCAGUGAUCUGGGUCCAAACUGGUGGGAUAAACUCGAGUACUUUGAGGAGCGUCCGCUUGCGGCGGUGUCCAUCGGUCAGGUGCAUCUGGCUAGAAUGAAGGACGGCAGAGAAGUGGCCAUGAAAAUCCAGGUACGAAAGAUAAUUUUUUUACAUUUUUUUUUUAUGUAUCAUUGUUAUUUGUGCUGCAAAUUUAGGCAUUUUGUAAAUAAAUUAAAUGAAAGUCUGCUCCCAGUAUCCAGGUGUGGCAAACAGUAUAAACAGAGAUGUGAACCACUUAAUGACAGUGCUCAGUAUAAGCAAUGCAUUACCUGAAGGUACAAAUUAUGCUGUAAAUAUAUUGAUCCAAAUGAUUCUGCUGUAAAAGUUUUACAUUAAGGUAUAUUGCAUGCUUUAUAUGUAUUUGUCCAUCUGUCCAUCAGGUCUGUUUCCUGAGCAUCUAAUAGAAGUUAUGAGCAGAGAUUGGCAUUGGAAUGUGAUUAUGUAUGGGAAGCCAAAUGUGCUGUAAGGCUGGCACCAGGAUGUCUACACCCAAAAGGCGCCAUUUCCGGUAAAAGUCAAAGAGCUCUG